GAGCGUGAUAACCAACUACACCACAUGCCCUUGUGAAGGAAGGCAAUUAUUAUAAUCACUCUAGGAUUUUGCCUAAUCCCGCAUUCAUCAGCCAAAGUUGAACGAACUCGUCAAGUUACAGUAACUGCGACGGGUACAGUAGUACACUGUACAGUAUUCGUCAAGACGAAGCUUACUCCCUCCAUUUGUGAUUUCGCGACCUACUUAUCUGAGUCUUUCAUCCAAAACAUGAUAAUCCUUUCCUUGUUGCUCGGUGUCUUGGCCUUGCUGGUGCUACCUCGCCCUGUGGUUUCUGUACCUACUCUACUUUCAGCGCCGCAUCCUCGCCCACUUGUUCUUUGGCAUGGCCUAGGUGACUCUUAUGGCUCACCAGGGAUGCUUGAAUUUAUCCAGCUGGUCAAGGACAUGCAUCCAGGCCUUUUUGUGCACUCAGUUUACAUCGAGGAAAACCUGAAAGAGGACCAGAAGGCAGGAUGGUUCGGAAAUGUCAAUGAGCAGGUCGCUAAUGUUUCCAUCCAACUCGCCGAGAUUCCUGAGCUCAGCAAUGGCUUCGAUGCUCUGGGCUUUUCCCAAGGUGGACAAUUUCUCCGUGCUUACAUUGAGAGAUAUAACUCCCCUCCAGUACACAAUCUUAUUACGUUCGGCUCCCAGCACAUGGGCGUUUCAGACCUCCCACUCUGUCGCCCUUGGGACGUCUUCUGUCACCUUGCCCGGAGAGCCGCUCGUGGCGGCGUGUAUACUGAAUGGGCCCAAGAAAACCUAGUGCAAGCUCAAUACUUCCGCGAUGCAGAUCAAAUUCCGCUAUACCUAACUUCUAAUCGGUUCCUGGCGGUCAUUAACAACGAAGUUGACGAUUCCGUCAACACUACGUAUGCAAACAAUCUCGCUUCACUGAACAAACUGGUUCUCGUGCUAUUUUCUCAGGACAAGACAGUUGUACCGAAGGAAAGCAGCUGGUUCGGAUCUUACGCUCCUCCCGAGGAAGACUCCUCGUUACCCUGGCAAGAAAAGACAAUCAUUCCAAUGCGUCUACAGCCUAUAUACCUCGAUAAUCGCAUCGGUCUGAAAACUCUUGACGAGCGAGGAGAUGUUGUCCUCGAGACCUGCGACGGCGAGCACAUGCAAUUGGCUACAGAAUGCUGGGAGCCCAUAGUCAAGAAGUUCGUGGGUGGAUUGGUUGAGAAACAAUCCCUCGAUUCCUCCAAUUCGCAGACGUUCCUCCAUGCAUGAUCAAUUGUUGAUUACGCCAGCUCAUAUACGCUACGUUUGGUAUACCCGUCCUAUUUUUGGUCAUGAUAUACCACACGGACUUGUAAUAUAUAUCUAUUACGCGCCAUGGGCACUCCUAUAAUUAUACAACAGAUAACC